AUGAUAUAUCGAGUUUCACCGAAAUAUGGGAAGAAAAACCCUCUAGUCUACAUCUCCAUCUGCUCCACUGUUGGUUCGGUCUCGGUCAUGUCGGUCAAAGCAUUCGGAAUUGCCGUGAAACUCACCCUGGACGGACAUAACCAGUUUACACACCCGUCGACCUACGUUUUUGCUAUCGUGGUUGUCUGCUGUAUAUUGACGCAGAUGAACUACUUUAACAAAGCUUUGAGCCAGUUCUCUACUUCCAUUGUAAAUCCCCUGUACUAUGUCAGCUUUACCACAGCCACUCUAUGCGCAUCCUUUGUUCUUUUUCGCGGAUUUAAUACUACAGACAAAGUCGCCACGAUAUCUCUCCUCUGCGGCUUCCUCGUCAUCUUCUCCGGCGUUUACCUGCUCAACCUCUCCCGGACUGAUCCUGAUGGCCGUGCUACGGGCCGACCAGACGAUGAGGAUGCGGUCCCAACUGAUGGAAUCGCAGGUAUACAGACCCGUCGAUCACUACAAGCACGAAGAAGUAUUGAUCCGCACCGCCGUAGCUCUUCGAGCAUCGCGUACUUCAACGGCCCUAGUGAUAGGGAAGGGCUUAUGCGGUCCUACGACCUCGAGAGCGGUGCAGCCUUUGGUCUAGAGGAUCUCACCGAAGAGCCCGACGAUGCCAGUGACAACCACAGCCCACGUCAGACAAAUGGCACUACAGAGCAUCACCCGGACGACCCUAUUCCCAAUGCGAACGGUACAAAGCCGUGA